ACUCCACGGGUAAUCACAUCGUGGUCAACCGGGCCUUUAACCUUCGGUCUUCAUAUUUGUUAGUUAGUUUCGUGUGUUUCAGAGGUGUCGUCGUCUAACCCGGUAUAACAUCCGUCGAAAAUAAUCGAUACGGGUGGGAACCGAUUGGACGAUGAAUAUUUGAUUUUACGCGGAACAGACGGUGAGAGUUUCCUGACUGUUGGUCAGGUGCGCGGGAAAUAGUCUCCUGCCAGGUUCUACAGGUGGAUGAAGGUCAAACGAUGAGUCAGCAUAAUACAUUCGCAUCCCAUAAUACAUUCGCAUGUUCGAUUCGUAUCCCAAAAGUUAAUACAAAUAUAUCAGUAAAAGAGUCCAUAUUGUUUCCCAUCAAUGAUUCGAACCAUUCAACUGGAGCACAUUAGUUCGAUUCAUAGUAAUCAAGGACGGAAGGUAUCACUGAAGUGAUGCGUGUUUAACGGAGCGUGGAACCUCGAUAACAGAACUACUGUCAAAACGUGAAUCAGCAUGACUAACAGCUGGGAUAAAUUUCUGCUGCUGCUGUGGAAAAAUUGGAUCAUCCAGAAGCGGCACUAUAUUCAAACGCUGUUCGAAAUUCUGAUUCCCGCGCUAUGCUGUUCGAUGCUAAUAUUGGUCCGAGGCCUGGUGGAUCCGGAACAAAUCGAGGAGCCCACUAUAUUCAACCCACUGGAGGCUAACACUUACCUCCAUCCCGAUUACCUGGUUCCCCCGGUUCUGCCGAGGAUUGCUUACUCACCGGAGAACGAUGUUCUGGAUGCAAUCAUGCGGGAUGCCCUGGAGAACCAUCUCCGCAGCACAAUCAAAUUUUCCCACGAGGCUCACCCAGAUGCCCGGCAGCUGGAGAGUGCCCUGGUUCAGCGUAAUUAUUUCGUUGGCAUCGAAUUCGACGAUGCGUUGGCGAACAUCAGCUCCCUGCCGGACCAGAUCGGCUUCGCACUGCGUUUCCCAGCCGAGAUGAGACGGGUGAGGUGGUUGUUUCCCGACUGGAAGACUAACCUGCUCGUGGUUCCAUUUUCGUUCGGUGCCCGGAAUCGCAACCUAUCGGAAGGCGGAUCGCCCGACUAUUACAGCGAAGGAUUCAUACCGAUUCAAACGGCCCUGUCCAGUGCCAUUGUGGCGGCAAAAAAUCCGGAUGUGGAAGGGCGGCAUGUUAUGUUGAGACGCAUCCCAUACCCACCUUACUACGAGGACAGCCUGCUACCGGCGAUGGAGGCGCUUCUGCCGCUGAUCAUCCUCAUCGCAUUCUUUUAUAGCUGUAUCAACACCGUGAAGUACAUCACGAUCGAGAAGGAACGCCAGCUAAAGGAAGCCAUGAAGAUAAUGGGUCUGCCAAAUUGGCUCCAUUGGACCGCUUGGUUUGUCCGCUGUCUGGUGCUGUUGCUGGUUACCAUUUCGCUGAUCACCCUACUGAUGACGGCAAGCCUUACCACGAACACGGAACUGGCGGUUCUAGAGUACUCCAACUGGUUGGUUUUGUGGGUGUUCCUGUUGGCGUUUGCGAUCGCCACGAUCUGCUUCUGCUUCGCGAUGAGCGUGUUCUUCAACAAAGCCAACACAGCUGCGGGAAUCGCCGGAUUGGUGUGGUUCCUGCUGAUGAUGCCAUUCAAUAUCACCGUACGGGAGUACGACGACAUGGAAACCGGGUCCAAAAUUGGUCUCUGUCUCUUCUCGAACACGGCGAUGGCGUUCGGUGUGCUGAACAUCGUUCGAUUGGAGGGCAAUCAGGCUGGAUUACAGUGGUCCAAUCUGUUCACGCCCUCGACGAUGAACGACGGGUUGAGUGUGGGCACUGUUAUCGUUAUGCUGCUGGUUGAUGCUCUGCUAUAUCUGCUCAUUGCACUGUACUUCGAACAGAUCAUGCCCGGUGAGUUCGGCGUAGCGAAACCAUGGUAUUUCAUCGUCAGCAGAGAAUUUUGGUCCCGUAACAAAGUUGGUACUGCGUACCAAAAUGGAGUUUCCGUGGAACAGUCAGCAUACUUCGAACCGGACCCUCCGAUUCAGCAGGCUGGUGUUCGGAUACGAAAUCUUCGAAAACAAUUCGGUCGGAACGUGGCAGUGCAUGGGCUUAAUUUGAACAUGUUCGAAGGGCAAAUUACGGUCCUUCUAGGACACAAUGGGGCGGGCAAGACGACGACCAUGUCAAUGUUGACGGGCAUGUUUUCGCCGAGUUCGGGCACUGCGCUAAUCAAUGGACAUGACAUCCGAACGGAUAUAGCAGGAGUUAGGCGUUCACUGGGAUUGUGUCCACAGCAUAAUGUUCUGUUCAAUGAGAUGACCGUUUCGGAGCACAUUCGCUUCUUCGCCCGGUUGAAGGGUGUGAAAAGGGAACACGUAACUAGCGAGAUUGAGAAAUACGUACGCUUACUGGAGCUGACAGACAAAACGAAUGCCCAGUCGCACACACUGUCCGGGGGAAUGAAAAGGAAACUUGCCGUUGGAGUUGCGCUCUGUGGAGGAUCAAAGGUGGUUCUGCUAGAUGAGCCUACCUCCGGGAUGGAUCCUUCUGCGCGGAGGGCUCUCUGGGAAUUGUUGCAGAAGGAGAAGUUGGGGAGAACCGUGCUGCUGUCGACCCAUUUCAUGGAUGAGGCGGAUGUGCUGGGCGAUAGAAUCGCCAUCAUGGCGGAGGGUUCACUUAAGGCGGUUGGGUCUCCGUUUUUCUUGAAGAAAACUUUUGGCGUGGGGUAUCGAUUGAUUUGCGUGAAGGAACCGCACUGUGACAAGGAAAAGAUGCUGGAAAUAUUGGGCAAGUACAUACCAAAUAUUACGGUGGACACCGAUAUUGGAACCGAGUUGUCGGUUGUGCUGAGGAACGAAUAUGUGGGAAGGUUCCAGUCAAUGCUGGAAGAUUUGGAGUGUGAGACGGAAGAGUGUGGUAUUUCGAGUUACGGAAUAUCGUUGACCACGAUGGAAGAGGUGUUUUUGAGAUCAGGGAGCGAUUCUUUCGGAAAACACUCUACUAAUAACGAUGCAAUAAUAAAUACAACUGAAAACGAAUAUGCCCUUGAAAACCUUCAUCUUCUAUCGGGGAGAUCUCUACUGCUCAACCAGAUAAAAGCACAAUUCAUAAAGAAGUCACUGGUCACUAUCCGUAGUCUCAUCACGCUAUCGAUGCAAAUACUAAUACCAAUUGUAUUUAUACUGAUGACCUAUGCGAUCAUACUAAACUCUUCGAUCGGACGUGAUCUUCCAGCGCUAGAAAUCACGCUACGCUCCUACACGGAUUCAGUAACCGUACUGCAGAACCAGUCGACCGAUAAUUCGACAGUGGAAGCGUAUCAGAAAAUGUUUGACCAGCUAGGAGAGACACACCAGCUGGUCACCAUCCAGGAAGACAUGAACGAGUACAUCCUCAAACGAUCCCGGGAAUCAAUCACCACCGUGAACACCCGCUACUGGGUAGCGGCAACCCUGAACGACACCGCUGCAACCGCUUGGUUUAACAAUAAAGCCUACCACACGGCUCCAUUGGCAAUCAACCUGCUGUUCAACGCAUUUCUCCAGUCCUCCAUCGAGUGUUCCGAAUGUGAGAUUCGUGUCACGAACAAACCACUCCCGUUCCGGUUGGACACUAGAUUCGACCAGUUGGAAACCGGUGCCAACACCGGUUUCCAGUUCGCAUUCAACACGGGUUUCGCGAUGGCGUUUGUAGCGGCACUGUUCAUCAUGUUCUACAUCCGAGAGCGCACGACCCGUGCCAAGCUGCUGCAAUUCGUUAGUGGGGUUAAUGUGCUGCUUUUCUGGGCCAUAUCGUUCCUCUGGGAUUACAUGAUAUUCGUGGUGAUAAGUCUGUUCUAUAUCGCAACGGUAGCGGCGCUUCAGCAGGACGGAUUAUCCGAGUUCGAGCAUCUCAGUAAGAUCUUUCUCGUGUUGCUAUUUUUCGGAUUCGCGGUUCUUCCCGUGACUUACCUAUUUUCGUAUCUGUUCGACAUUCCCGCCACCGGAUUCGUGAAAAUGGUUCUGCUGAAUGUGCUGUCCGGGUCGGUGUUCUUCACCGCGGUUACGCUGCUCAAGCUGGAUGGGAUCGAUUUGGAAGAUGUCGCCAACGUUCUCGAGUGGGUGUUCAUGCUGUUCCCGAACUUUGUACUCAUUCACAGUUUGAACAAUCUGAAUCGGGUAGCGAGCAUCGAAACGCUCUGCAAGCGGCAGUGUGAGCUGAUCACGAGGUGUACCGAAGAUCUUAUGUGCAUGUUUGUGCCGGAAUGUUGUGGCGAGGAUGUGUUCACCUUUGGAGAGAGUGGUAUUAAUCGAAAUCUGCUGUUUUUCAUAGGGAUCGGAGUGGGGGCUUUCGUGUUGAUGAUGUUGAUUGAGUAUCGAGUCUUCAAUUGGCUAAUCAACCGACGAGUAGUAGGGAAUAUCGGAGAGGAAGAAUCCACUCCAGAUUCAGAUGUUCUGGCGGAAAAACAAAAAAUAGAAACCAUGACUCAGCCGGAAAUCGCUAGCUACAAUUUGGUUCUGAAGAACCUGUCAAAGUAUUACAACAAAUUCCGAGCUGUGAACCGUAUAUCAGUGGGAGUCCGCCACUCGGAAUGUUUCGGCUUGUUGGGUAUCAAUGGGGCUGGAAAAACUUCAACCUUUAAGAUGAUGACCGGAGACGAAAAUAUAUCCUCCGGGGAGGCGUGGGUCAGCGGAGUAAGUCUGCUCACCGAUAUGAACCGAGUUCAUCAGCGCAUCGGCUAUUGCCCGCAAUUUGAUGCGUUGCUAGAGGAUCUUACAGGACGGGAAACGCUUAAGAUCUUCGGUUUGCUUCGAGGGGUCAAAAGCUUGGAAUUAAAUAGCGUAUCGUUAGCGCUGGCGGGGGAACUAAAGUUCACAAAGCAUAUUGAUAAGAAAACGCGGGAAUACAGUGGGGGAAACAAGCGAAAGCUGAGUACGGCACUUGCAUUGAUGGGAAAUCCGAAUGUGGUAUACCUAGAUGAGCCCACAACGGGAAUGGAUCCGGGUGCAAAGCGCCAGCUUUGGGAUGUGCUGUGUAAGGUUCGAGACGCGGGGAAAGCGAUUGUGUUGACCUCCCACAGUAUGGAAGAGUGUGAGGCACUAUGCACGAGAUUGGCAAUCAUGGUGAACGGGGAGUUCAAAUGUUUGGGAUCCACACAACAUUUGAAGAACAAAUUUUCAGAAGGAUUUUUGCUGGCCAUCAAAGUAAAACGAGGUUCAAUGGAAGAGCUACAAUGCCGAGUGGAUGAUGUUAAACUGUUCAUCACGCAGUAUUUCACCGGAGCAGUAUUGAGGGAGGAGUAUCAGGAUUCUCUCAGCUUCCAUAUUCCCCGAACGGAGCUCAAAUGGUCAACUAUGUUCGGACUGAUGGAAUCCUUCCGGGAACAGCUGGGCAUCGAGGAUUAUGCUUUGGGACAGACAUCCCUGGAGCAAGUGUUUUUAUACUUCACCAAAUACCAACGAGAGAGUGAAUAAAAUGCGGAUAAUAAUCUCGCAAGACACAGUCUAGUCAGCAAGAAAGAAUAAAUAUCCAAGAGGGAGGGAGCAAAGAGUGCAGCUUGAUUGCUUCUUCCUCUGAGAUUCAUGAUAAUGGUUUGCGGGUGGUGGAGAGCAACAUUUUACUCGUUGGGAUCCGGUAGAAUGUGAGAGUUAGGUUAUUAUGUUUGCGCCUGGUGCCGCACGCCAAGGUGGCACCGAAAGCAUCCAGAUUGCAGCUUCCUUGAAGGAAUGUGUUCAUUCGCCUUUCUUGUUAUUCUAGGCCACUAGGAAUGUUGGAAAUCACGAAGUUAUGAAGGCAGUGUGCCAGUAAGACAUUAGGACACCCACGGACGGGCAAAGCAUUGGAUGGGGCAUGGCUUGAAUUGUGUUGAUUAAAUAAAGCAAUAUGUGAUCCGUA